AGCCAGUGUCGAUGACGUAUAUGAUAUGGAUUGUAUAAAAAACAUACAUUAAAUUAAAAAUAAAAACAAAAUCACUAUUUUAAAAAUGAUUUACGUCGCCAGUAAAUGUAGAAUUACAAUAUAUGAGAUGUAAUACAAAUUAAUAAAUUAAUUGUAUUGAUUGAAUUAUGUUAAAAUUGUGGUUAUCAAAUAAAACAGUGUGAUUAAACAUGAAUAAACAAGAAGAUACACAAAAUAAUGCCCCGCAUAUGACUGUAGAUUACAAAAAUAACGAAAAUGGUUCGCAACAAACUUCUUUAAAUGAAGUGGAUAAAAAUUUAAAAGAGGAACUGUUGCAUCAUAUAGCAAAAAGUAAGGCAAUUUUUAAGAGUCAACAAAAAGAUGAUCCAGAUUUAACUUUUAAAGAAAAGCUAAUAAUUGCACGUAAUAUUCUUAAAAAAAGUUACUGUUUAUUCUUGUCCAAAUUUGGUCAUUAUAUGAAAAAAGAACAUUUAAAGUUUUUUGAAAACUGUAAAGAUGAAGAUUAUGAAGUCGCUUAUCAUUGUAAUAGAUUACAAAGAUAUUUUAACAACUCAAAAAGACAAACAGAUGUUAGAAAUAGAAGAUACCAGGCCUUAAAAACAUUAAUAGAAGAAGGGGAGUACUUUAGUGAAACUGAAAUGAUGAAAAGAAAUCCAUUAUUAUACGAACAUUUAAUUGGACAAUAUAUGACUGAAGAACAAAAGAAACUUAGGGAUAAUAUAGAUACUAAAAAUAUUACUUUCGUGAAUUUAUUAAUGGAGAAUAUUGAACGGGAUAAUUUAAAGAUGAAACAAAAAUUACAAGAGGAAGAAGAACAAAAUGUACUAGAGGAAAAUGAUACAGAUGAAGAACAAGAGGAUAUAUAUGAUUCGAAGGAUAAUGAAGAAAGAACUACAUAUUGGGGUAAAACAUCCAGCUUAGAGAAUGAAAUAAAAAAUAAAAAUGAAGCAGUAAAAGAGCCACAUUGCAUUUCAAAGUCUGAAAAGCAAGUAUUAAAAGAAGAAUUUGUGACAAAUAUGUACCAAAGCUUUUUAGAUGGGAAAGAUUUGGAUUUUGAUUACAGCACUGUUGAUGAUAAUGAAGCGUAUGACAACAUAGAUAUAAGAACACAAGAUGAAGAAGAUAAAUAUUUUGAUUCAGAAUCGCCUGAAACUAUAGGUCCAAUUGAAGAUAUAAAUGAAACUGAGACUGAGGAUGAACUGGAUAUUUAUAUGAAAUCAUUGAAGGAGCAGGUUGCUACAGAUAGGCUCCCCUUGGAUAAUCUUGUAUAUGAUAAAUACUCUCAGAUGUAAUCUUUUACAUGUAUAAUAAUUUAGAUGCAAUAUUUAUAAAUAAAAAAGUAUAAAAUCUA